AUGAGUGCAAUAGAGGUGAAGGCAGUGGAUACAGACACAGCCGUACCCUCUAGAGUGGAGGGGAGACGAAGGGACUCUCAAUUCGAUCACGAAAGUGAGAAUGGAGACCUAGAUUUCGACAGAAAGAGUGAAAGUACCCAGAAGGAAGAUGAAGAAGCAAUUUCCUCGGAGACAGAUGCGGGUCCCCUCCAAUUGGAAGUUCCAGAUGGAGGGUAUGGUUGGGUCAUAGUGUUAGCAUGUUUCUUCUUCAACAUUAGCACAUGGGGAUCGAACGCAGGUUACGCUAUUUACCUAGCACAUUAUCUGAAUAACAACACUUUUCCGGGAGCAACAAAAAUCGAUUUCGGAAUUGUUGGUGGCAUUGUUUUUGGGUGUGGUCUUCCUCUGGCUCCACUGUAUAACUACAUGGUUGGAAGGAUAGGCUUGAAGUCAGUCAUCGUGAUCGGGAUCACCAUCCAGCUUGCCGGAACAUUAUUGGCUAGUUUCAGCACGAAGUACUGGCAAAUCCUGCUGACCCAGGGAGCUUGUGAGGGAGUGGGAAUGUCGAUGGUGGCCCUCACCAACGUCAAUCUUCUUCCCCAAUGGUUCAGGAAGAAGAGAAGCACAGCUAUCGGCUUUGCAGCAGCUGGAUCAGGAAUGGGAGGUAUUAUAUUCAAUUUGCCAAUGCAGCAGAUAAUAAAUAAGCAUGGUUUCAGAUGGUCUCUGCGAGUCCAGGCUAUAAUGUGUGCUAGUUUGAGCGUCAUAGGACUGUUUUUGGCCAGAUCCAGAGAAAAACAUAUCAGACCGGUGUAUAAGAUCUACGACAGACAGGUUUGGAGGUGUUUUGGCAUAUGGCUCGAAGUGAUUUAUUUGAUGCUCACCAUGUUGGGUUACGUCGUCUUGAUGUAUAAUCUGGCGGAUUUUACCAGAUCUUUAGGAUAUACCGCGCAACAGGGCUCGGUGGUCUCCACUAUGGUUUCCGUGGGAAGUUUGACCAUACGACCCUUUUGCGGAAGAAUCCUGGAUUACUAUGGUCCUGUCAAUGUUUCCAUUUUUCUUCAUGCAAUUGUGGGGGUUUUUGCAAUUGCAAUGUGGAUUCCUAUCAGAAACUUGGCUUCGGCUAUCAUAUUCGCCUUCAUAGAGGGGGGCAUGAUGGGAACGCUCUGGAUAGCAAUGCCUCCCGUAACUGCGAAGAUUGUUGGUUUGAGGAAGAUGGGAGUCGGACUUGCAGUUAACUGGAUUUUUCUGGGGGUGGCCGGGUUUGUCUCGCCAAUUAUUGGCAUAGACCUCAAGUCAAAAGAUAUCGAUGGCCACUCGUUUCCUGCCCAAUACCGCAAUCCGGCAAUAUUUGUGGGAUGUGUAUAUUUUGGAAGUGCCAUUGCCUUGCUGAUAAUGAGAGGCUGGAUCAUUGCCAGAUCAAAACUCGCGGAUGAGCGUUUUGGAGCUCGUGAAGAAGAUCAAGAUAGUCUGGAAAUUUCAGUUCCUCCAAUGGCUACCAUGCGCAAUCUGUUCACCAUGUACGGCAAAAUCUAA